AUGUUUUACCAGCGUAUCAUGAUGUGGUUCAAGAGAGUUUUUUUCUACUUCUUCUAUUUGCUUCUCAACAACGUACCGAAAACAGUAUGGGAUAUCUUACACGUUGUUACUGAUAUUUACAUGUUUUGGUGGAGAAAGUUUAUGGAUAAAGUACGGCCUAGGUCUCGGACUAUGUACAGGGAAGCUGUUGCUGGGUUAUACGGGUGUGAUGACUAUGAGGAAUGGUAUGAGAAGGCCAGCUUGGUGGACGAGUUGACUGGUGUAGAUCUUUGGAGACGUAAUUUCUUUUCGAAAAGAUUCGAUUUUGAAGCUGUAUUGGAACAGUAUGCAGCAUUGAUGGAAUCGUUGGAAGAAGAUGACUUUGAGACUGUUAAGUCGAGGUUCACUAAUACGGGGCCCACGAUGUUAAGGAACUUUGCAGGUAUCGUUGAUAAACGGCUAUUCACGAAAUCUUUGGUCGGAACUAAAUUGCUUAUAGAGCAAUAUUUGGAUAAAGUGGUGGAUACGUUAUAUCUACUAACGGCGCAUCCGGAAGUGGUUCAAAGGACUUUUUUUCAACGGUGCAAGCUUUCUUUAGGUGCGACUGCACUUGCGUUGCAAGGUGGGUCACUUUUCGGAUUAUUCCACCUCGGCGUAUUGAAGGGAUUGUUGGAUAGGAAUCUUUUACCCAAUAUCAUCAACGGGACCUCGAUGGGCGCAUGCGUCGCAAGCAUGGCAUGUUGUCUCAGCGAUGGAGAGUUGGAAGAUCUAUUGACCGGAAACAGACUUGUAUCUACAAUUAAACGCGAUACAGCGUUAAUGAAAGAAUGUGGAUACGGCAACAUUGAUGAGCAUUUCAACAUCGGAACUUUAGUAGAAAAUGUGGUGCACAAUGGAUACUCAAAAGACGUGUAUCUAUUUAUUAAAUUCAUUCAAAAGUCGGUCAUCGGAGAUCUAACUUUUGAAGAGGCGUUCCAAAGGACUGGGAAGGUAUUAAACAUUGUUGUUCAUCCCACGAAUAAGAAUAUAUGUCCUAAUUUGUUGAACUAUGUGACGACCCCGAACGUUCUUAUAUCUAGUGCUAUUGAUUGUAGUUUCGGAACAAACACAAUCAGUAAGAAUACUUGGCUAUUGGGUAAAAACAUAGAAAACAAAAUAGUGGACUAUUUGGAUAGAAAAGAGCCCCAUUACCAGGAGUUGAAAUUUUCGGCACCACAAUACGUUCAGGAUUCGAGCCAAUUGGAGGCCCCAUAUACCAGACUCACGGAAUUAUUCAAUGUAAACAAUUUUAUUGUUUCCUUAGCAAGACCCUAUUUGGCACCAUUAGCAUUGAACGACUUAAAACACGAUAUUAGAACGUCUGAGUACUAUUACUACAAGAGGUUCCCAUACAUCGAUCCAGGAUCAUAUUCACCAAUGCAACUAUCCAAGGUUACCAAAUUGGAACCAUUAGCAUUCAAAUUUAAAUACCACUUGGAAAGGAAGAUGAAGCAUAUACUCACUAUGGAACUAAAGCAUAGAGUAGAGAUCAUGGACAGUCUUGGAUUGUUAUCCAACUGGAUCAAACGGAUUGCCAUUGAUGAAAAGACUCCACGAAGUGCGACGGAAGUAGCCAUUGUGCCUCACAUGAACUCGUUAAGCGUGUCACGGAUCAUUGAGGGACGAUUGGAUAAUAUAAACUAUUGGAUGAAAUGUGGUCAGGAGAGCACAUGGCCUGUCAUUUCAUUGGUAAAAACCCGCUGUGCAGUUGAGUUCACAUUAGACGACAUUAUUAAAGGAUUUAAGAAGAGUAUAUAG